AGUCAUACUGGAGAGAAACCAUUUAAAUGCAUUCUAUGUGGGAAAGCCUUCCCCUAUAUCACUGUUCUCAUAUGGCAUAAAAGAACACACACUGGAGAGAAGCCUUACAAAUGUAAUCAAUGUGGUAAAGCCUUUGCAAAAAGCAGUCAGCUCAUACGGCAUAAAAGAACACACACUGGAGAGAAACCUUAUGAAUGUAACCAGUGUGGUAAAGUCUUUGCACAAAACAGUCAUCUCAUAAGCCAUAAAAGAACACACACUGGAGAGAAACCUUAUGAAUGUAACCAGUGUGGCAAAGCCUUUGCAGAAAACAGUCAUCUCAUUAGCCAUAAAAGAACACACACUGGAGAGAAACCAUAUGAAUGUAAUGAGUGUGGCAAAGCCUUUGCACAAAACAGUACUCUCUUAAGCCAUAAAAGAACACACACUGGAGAGAAACCUUAUGAAUGUAAUGAGUGUGGCAAAGCCUUUGCAGAAAACAGUCAUCUCAUUAGCCAUAAAAGAACACACACUGGAGAGAAACCUUAUGAAUGUAAUGAGUGUGGCAAAGCCUUUGCACAAAACAGUACUCUCUUAAGCCAUAAAAGAACACACACUGGAGAGAAACCUUAUGAAUGUAAUGAGUGUGGCAAAGCCUUUGCAGAAAACAGUCAUCUCAUAAGCCAUAAAAGAACACACACUGGAGAG